UGCGGACGGAGCUACUGUGCACGGACUCGGAGUCUCCCCAGUCCGUAUGACAGCAGUUUCAUAUACGGAAUUACGGAGUAUCAGUUAUCACCCUCUACCUCCGCAUUCCUCAUCAAAAGAUGCUGCAAACAACAAACACAUUUCAUCUAUCAAACCACGCUAACAUAAACACUUGUCUGCACCCAUCAUCUGAACCAAGCAGGAACAGGACUAAUCCCCAGUCAAGAGUGAUUCAAUGCGACAACACCCUCAAUCGCGUUGUCAUUCGCACGAGGAACUGGAGGUGUUAUGCAGCCGAGCAGCACAAACCACAAGGCCCCGAACGGCGGCCUCCGAAGCAGAGAAGGGACAGGUCCGAUGAAGACAGCGGCAUUGACCCGGUUGGGUUCCUCGCCAAACACGGCAUUGCUAAUAAAGCUUUUUCUCAAUUUCUUCGUGAAAGGCAUAAAUCACUGAAGGACUUGAAAGACGCAAUUAGCAACCGUCACCUCGAUCUUAAGGAGUUGGCGUCUGGAUUUGAAAUGAUGGGCAUGCACAGGAAUGUGCAGCAUCGAGUGGAUUUCAUGGAGUGGGCUCCAGGUGCCCGCUAUUGUGCUAUUGUUGGUGAUUUUAAUGCGUGGUCACCUACUGAAAAUUGUGCCAGAGAGGGUCAUUUUGGUCAUGAUGAUUAUGGAUAUUGGUUUAUUAUACUUGAAGAUAAAUUACGUCCGGGACAAGAGCCAGAUGAACUCUACUUUCAACAGUACAAUUAUGUGGAUGAAUAUGACAAAGGUGACAAUGUCACUGCAGAAGAGGUUUUCAAGAAAGCAAAUGAUGAAUAUUGGGAACCUGGUGAAGACCGCUUCAUCAAAUCACGAUAUGAGGUUGCAUCUAAGUUGUAUGAGCAAUUCUUUGGGCCAAACAGCCCUCAAACAGAAGAAGAACUUGAGGAACUUAAGCCUGAGCCUGAUCCAGAGAUUAGAUAUAAAGCUUGGAAAGAGGAACAUAAGAAUGAUCCUCCUAGCAAUUUACCACCUCUUGAUGUGAUUGACCAGGGAAAAGAGUAUGAUAUCUACAAUAUCGUAGAUGACCCGGUAUGGCGAGAAAAAUUUCGGGCAAAGAGUCCUCCUAUUGCUUAUUGGUUGGAGAGUAAGAAAGGAAGGAAAGCAUGGCUGGAGAAAUAUACUCCUGGAAUACCACAUGGAAGCAGAUAUAGAGUGUACUUCAACACUCCAGACGGGCCUUUAGAACGAGUCCCUGCAUGGGCUACUUAUGUUGCUGCAGGUUCAGAUGGAAAUCUAGCUUUUGCUGUCCACUGGGAACCACCUUUUGAAUCUGCAUACAAGUGGGAGCAUAAAUGCCCAUCCAAACCAAAAUCUCUCCGUAUUUAUGAGUGCCAUGUUGGGAUUGCUGGUCAGGAACCAAAAAUUUCUUCAUUCAGUGAUUUUGUGAGCAAGGUCCUUCCACAUGUAAAAGAGGCCGGAUACAAUGCGAUCCAGCUUAUUGGCAUUGUUGAACACAAAGAUUAUUUCACUGUUGGGUAUAGAGUGACAAAUUUUUAUGCCGUUAGUAGCCGUUUUGGCACUCCAGAAGAUUUCAAACGCUUGGUUGAUGAAGCACACGGUUUUGGGCUGCUGGUUUUCUUGGACAUUGUUCACUCCUAUGCAGCAGCAGAUGAAAUGGUUGGAUUAGCACAAUUUGAUGGAACAAAUGACUGCUUUUUCCAUACUGGUAAACGAGGGCAUCAUAAAUUUUGGGGUACGAGAAUGUUCAAAUAUGGAGAUCAUGAUGUACUGCAUUUCCUUCUUUCAAAUUUGAAUUGGUGGGUGGAGGAGUAUCAUAUCGAUGGUUUCCAUUUCCAUUCGCUUCCAUCAAUGAUGUAUACACACAAUGGAUUUGCAUCAUUUACUGGUGACCUUGAAGAGUACUGUAACCAAUAUGUUGACAAGGAUGCCUUGCUGUACCUCAUGUUGGCCAAUGAGAUCUUGCACACUCUUCAUCCUAAUAUAAUCACAAUAGCAGAGGAUGCAAGCAACACUUUAUCCAGGACUGUGUGAACCAACUUCUCAGGGUGGACUGGGCUUUGAUUAUUUUGUCAACCUUUCUGCCACAGAUAUGUGGCUAUCGCUGCUUGAGAGUAAGCCUGACCGUGAAUGGAAAAUGAGUGAGAUUAUUGGCAAAUUAAUGGGCAAUAGACAAAGUGUUGAUAAGAUGCUUUUGUAUGCCGAAAACCACAACCAGUCCAUAUCUGGAGGGCGCUCAUUUGCAGAAAUAUUAUUCGGUGAAGCCUUGAAAGACCCUUCGAUUUCACAACAAGUGUUACUUAGAGGCUGCUCAUUACAUAUGAUGAUCAGGUUAAUUACUUUCACAAUUGGUGGUCCGGCAUACCUCAAUUUCAUGGGCAAUGAAUUUGGACACCCUCAGAGAGUUGAGUUUCCAAUCCACAGCAACAAUUAUUCAUUUUCACUGGCAAACCGUUGUUGGGAUCUUUUGUCAGAUGAAGUCCAUAACCAGUUGUUUUCCUUCGACAAGGAUAUGCUGGACUUGGAUGAAAAUGGAAAUGUGCUUUCCAGAGCCCUACCUAACAUCCACCAUGUCAAUGAUGUAAUGAUGGUGAUAUCUUACUUGAGAGGCCCUUUUCUGUUUGUGUUCAAUUUUCAUCCCGUGGAUACAUACGAAAGAUACAACAUAGGUGUAGAAGAUGCUGGGGAGUAUAAUGUUAUAUUGAACACCGAUCAAAGCAAGUAUGGCGGACGAGGAUUGAUCAGUCAUGAGCAACAUGUCCAAAAAACCAGCAAUCUUAGAGUCGAUGGAAAGAGAUUCUGCUUGGAAUUGCCUUUGCCAAGUAGAAGUGCUCAGGUUUACAAGUUGACACGAAUUCUGAGAGUAUAAUUUGGUGAUUCCAAGAGGGACCAGUUAAUAUAUCAGUUUGACAUGCCCUUCCUUUCAGUUCAUGAGUCCACAUGUGACAUACCAUCCUCUCAUUUGGAAGAAAGGUCUCCAUAGAGCUGCCAUCCUUCCAGGAAAAUAGGAACUUUACUGUCUUUUUUGGUGAUCACCGUUCCAACCACUGUGUGAGAAGUGCCGGUCGAUGAUAUCUUCAGGCUGUUCCUCUAUCCUUCACGAACAGAUUUGGAGGAGGUGAGUAUCAUUAGUGGUAUUGGAGUGGCGGUCAUCUAAUCUUUUCUUCUCCUUUAUCAUCAAGAAGCAAUCACACUUCAGAGUUGAUGCAGAAAAUUUAUUCUCAGAACUGUUAUUUUAUUAUGGGAACGAAGAUAGUAUAGAUCAUAGAUCAAGAUGAUUGUAAACUUCUCAUACUUUAAAUGCAGUGCUAGUCUGUUAAUAGCAAUUAUUUUUUUAGUAAAGAUGAAUUCUUCAAUUCUGCACAAGUGCACUAUGAACUUUGAUGAUGACGAUACAAACUCUGCAUACACGAUCAGUCUGUUUUAGCAUCAACUCAAUACUGCGUUCUAUGAUUAUCAAAUGUAAUAAUAAGGCUCCAUUUGUUUAGUGGAAAAUAUUUUC